AUGCCCUUUACAGGGGACCAUCUGGACCUUCAUGAAGGUCCUGGAGCAGCUGAGGUUUGGGACACAAAGGAACCUCACAGCAACACACCUGCAAAAGAGGCAGCAGAGGACCUGGGGCUGCACCAGUGGGUGUUUGGAGCUCAUUCUCCCAUCCUAGGGUUUUCACCUUCCUCAAGUGUUGAAUUUGUUCCUGUUUUCCCACCUGUGCACACAUCCCCGGGCCCACCCCGUGCUGGGAAGAACUGGCUCGAGAAAAGGCUGCCCAGCUGCAAGAUAUACUUGAAUAAUGCAUUUGCUCUGGAUUCAGCAUGGAUGCAUCCUGAGGAAUCAAGGCUCUUCCAGGGAAAUGAGAAACCUCUGUUACUGACCAAUCAAGUAGCUAUGGCUCUAGCCAGGCCAGCUGCUGCCUCCAGGCCUCUUCCCACCGUGGUGCUGACACCCCAGCUGAUACCAGGUGGUUGCCAGAGCAGCCUUAAAGCAGUUGGUGGCAAUCAGAGCCUGGCACUGGCCACUGCAGCCAGGGUGUCGGUGGAGCCUGACCCUCCCCAGGGACCCCCAGCACCCACCAUCCAGCCCUGCCACGUCCUGACCUUCUCCCCCAUCAAGAUUCCUGUUCUGGCUUCCCCAUUCCCAGGUUCUGCCUCUAGGCUGGAUGCUCAUGUGGGUCCUUUGAUGCCAACACAAGUCGCCAGAGUGACGGCUGUGGCUGCACCAGCCCUGACAUUCAUGGCCACCAACCUGAUGGAUCCAGCACUAACAGAUAAUGGCAAAGAACCGAGUCGAUCCUCCUGCCCGCCCACCUUGAUUUUACACACAGAGAGGAAGAGAAUUCCUGUGGAGAACAGUGGUGAUAAGGAUCAUUCCUUUAAACUAGUAAAUGAGGCCAGCAGCCCAUCAAAGGGCAACAAGCCGGUGGCAUCUACUCCAGUGCCAGGAUCUCCAUGGUGUGUAGUCUGGACUGGAGAUGACCGGGUCUUCUUCUUCAACCCUACAAUGCAGCUGUCAGUCUGGGAGAAGCCAGUGGACCUGAAGAACCGCGGCGACAUCAACCGGAUCAUCGAGGAUCCUCCUCACAAGCGCAAGCUGGAAGCUGCAGCAGCAGAUAAAUGUGUCAGUUCUUGUCCAGGGGAUGAAAAUGAUGAUCUUAGCAUCAAGACUAAGAGAAAUAAAACAGAAGAUGCCCAAGCAGCUGACCAGGGGAAGGCUGAAAUGGAGGAGAAAAGUGAGGAGGCAUCGGGAGGGCAGGUGUCCCCUCCCCUGGAGGAGCGCAUCACUCGUUUCCGAGACAUGCUGCUGGAGAGGGGGGUUUCAGCAUUUUCUACGUGGGAGAAAGAGUUGCACAAAAUAGUGUUUGAUCCACGCUACCUUCUGCUGAAUCCCGAGGAACGCAAGCAGAUAUUUGAACAGUUUGUCAAGACCCGGAUCAGAGAAGAGUACAAAGAAAAGAAAAAUAAAUUGUUGUUAGCCAAAGAAGAAUUUAAAAAGCUCCUUGAAGAAUCCAAGCUAUCACCAAGAACCACCUUUAAAGAGUUUGCAGAGAAGCACGGACGAGAUCAGCGGUUCCGCCUGGUUCAGAAGAAGAAGGACCAAGAGCAUUUUUUCAACCAGUUCAUACUUAUUCUUAAAAAGAGGGACAAAGAAAACAGGAUAAGGCUACGGAAAAUGAGAUAA